AUAUUCUGAAUCUUUGCCUUCCUUUGACAUUUUGAACCGACUUACCUCACCGCUGACUAACUUUACUACGAACAGGAUCGAUUAACUUGUACAAACGUCACCAUCAAUUUAGUCUUUUGAAUUUGCACGAAAAUGAGUAAUCUAGCUAGUAGGAUGGCUUAUAAACCUACCCAAACUCUUCGUAAACUCGCAGAAAAAUCGUCCCUGGACAUUGUCUCCCGUGAGUUUGCAGACUAUAUGGAUAGCAAAGAUCCUUUGAGAAAAAUGCGAGAUGAGUUCUUCUAUCCUCGUGUGAAAGAUUUGCCUGGAGGUGAGGGUCAUUAUUCUGAAUUGAGAUUUGUUGAUCUGUCACUAGUUGAUGGUGACCAGGAUUCAAUAUAUUUUUGCGGCAAUUCCUUGGGACUUCAACCUCGUGGAUGUAGAGAACUUAUUGAUAGAAGUCUAACAAAGUGGGAACAAAUGGGUGUACUUGGGCAUACGUCGGGAUGGUGUCCAUGGAAACCAAUUGAGGAUAUUCUUAUCAAACCUAUGGCAGAGAUAAUAGGUGCGAAAGAUAUUGAAGUUGUAGCUAUGAACACACUGACGGUUAAUCUGCAUAUGAUGAUGGUACCGUUUUACCGUCCGACACCCCAACGGUAUAAGAUUUUAAUGGAGGGAAAAGCUUUUCCCUCAGAUCAGUAUGCCGCUCAGUCUCAAGUUCACUUUCAUGGCUUUGACCCAGACAAAGACAUCAUAGAAGUUUUCCCACGAGAGGGAGAGCAGAGUUUAAGAACAGAAGAUAUUUUAUCAGCAAUUGAGGAGCAUGGGAAUUCAAUAGCACUUGUUCUUUUUUCAGGGGUCCAAUAUUACACUGGACAGUUCUUUGAUAUGAAAACAAUCACUGCUGCGGCACAGAAAAAGGGCUGCGUAGUUGGCUGGGACCUCGCACAUGCUGUUGGCAAUGUAGAGCUUCAUCUGCAUGACUGGAAUGUGGACUUUGCCUGUUGGUGCACCUACAAGUACCUAAAUUCAGGGCCGGGUGGUAUUGCUGGCGCAUUUGUCCACGAGAAACAUGCAUAUAACUUCGAACUUCCAAAGUUUGCUGGUUGGUGGGGGACAGACAGAAAUAGCAGAUUUCAGAUGAGAAAAGAAUUUGAGCAAAUUCCUGGCGCUCACGGCUACCAGUGCUCCAACCCUCCCGUGUUCCAGUGUCUUUUACUUAGAGCCAGUCUAGAUGUUUUCGAGAAGACUUCUGUUAAAGAAAUUCGUGCUAAAGGAGACCUUUUGACAGCUUAUUUAGAGCUUCUACUUCUACACUAUUUCUCACCAUCUAACGACAUCACUAAAAACGGCAAAACCCCACAUGUCUCUAUAAUAACACCCACGGACCCGAAAGACCGCGGAUGCCAGCUGUCAGUGAAAUUCUCAGUCCCUGUUGAUAAGGUGUUUGAAGAGCUGUGUAAACGAGGCUUUGUGGGAGACAUACGUCACCCAGACGUCAUGCGCAUUGCGCCAGCACCGCUGUACAACUCGUUCGCGGACGUACAUCGAUUUAUAUCCAUGCUCAAUGCCGCCUUUAAAACCAUCACUCCGAAUAGCUGAGUAACAACGCCUGUCAUUUGAAACAGUCACAUAGGAAGCUUAAUGGCCCUACUUUGAAAGCGUCACAUAAGAGAGCUUAGUAAUCCUGCAUUCGUCACUUGAAGCCGCUGAUUUACCGAUCAAGGCUUAGGACCUCUAUACUACAUAGGCAACGAUAAAAGAGCUAAGUAGCCUAGCCUUUGAGUGGGCCACUAUGAAAAGCUAAGUAACCUCGUGAUGCAUGUGUGAUUCAUAGCGGUAUCAAUAUUUGUGUGUUGGAGAGGGAACUCUGAUUUUACAUUAUAGAGCCCUUUGUUAUAUUAUACGAUUGUGCUAAAUGGCUCUUUUUAUAGGGGCACAUGUCAUUAUCCGUUGGUACACCAUAGAACAAUUUCUUUUUUCUUUUUCUUCUUUUCAUGGAUGGGCUUUAGCCAAAUUGAACGUUCACGCACCAAGACUUGUAAAUGUAAUUUAUCCUGUUCUUUUAGUCCUACGAGUUAAAGAUGGUGUCGUAAUGUUAAAGAAGUAACUUUUAUUACCCCGUGGUAGAACGGUAGACUAUUUUACAUAGUUUCAAAAGCUAUUUUAGAAUAGACCUAACAUUAAAACAAUUAAAAUUUCCAUGUCGUAAAACAUUGUCAUGUGAAGGCGGUAGCUAGUAAAGUGUUCCCCCUGCUGAAUUGAAACAUGUGAAACAAGUGAUAAAAGAGAGCAUAUGGAGGUGUGAUUUUACAAUUCUGAAUAUAAUAAAUAGCCUAUUCUUCUAA